GAGAAGAGUCAUUGUAAACACCAGUUCCACUUUGUUGUCAAUAAGACAAGCAGCACUAAGAUGGUAUUAUUUCAACUCCUUUCCGUUCUUCGCCCCGCGUUACCCUGGCUUCUCGCGGUAACAGGGAUUUUUUUGUAUUUUGUGUACAAACAUUUUGCGAUCGGGAAAAAGCCUGUGCCUCCAGGUCCUUCAGGUGUCAAGUUGUUCUUUGAAAUUUUAAAAGCGUUGAAAGGAGGAACUCUGCAUUUACUGGGUGAGAAGUGGGCCAGACAGUAUGGAGACAUCGUCAUGUGCAGGACCAUCAUCGGAAACUUGUGUUUCCUCAACUCGGCGAGACUUGUCAGACAGGUGUUUACCGACAAGGGGACAGAACUUGUCACCAAUGAUCGACCUCCGUCCUACACUGGAGCUGUGUUGGCCUACAACUUCAAGAUCGUGGGAUUAAGUGAUGGAGUCAAAUUAUCAGACUGGUCCAAGAUGAGGAAACUCUUUCAUUCCACUCUCAAGUUCUAUGGAAGCGGUGUAGAGACUUUUGAAGUGAUGCUGCGAGCAGAGUUAUGUCGCUUGACUGAAGCUCUAGAGACGGAAAUAAAACUAGCGGGUGGCAAUGAUCGCCAGCUUCCAGAAUGUCGGUGUGACCUGGAGAUGGAAAGUUUCGUGCCCAUUUCUAUUCGACGUGUUCUAGCAACUUUGAUCACAGGUGAAGCCCAUGGGCCAGAUUCCAAAGUACCACAGCUAGUUGGCGAUUGGGCAGUGUGUCUACAGAAAAUCAUAAGUCCUACCACUGACUAUCUUCUGUUCACUUUUCCAUUCCUGCGGUUUCUCCCUGGAACCUACUACAAGGAGCUGUGUGACAGGACCCACAAGUGCCGGGAUGCCUUCAUGGAAGAAGUCUUCACCAAAGCAAAGGCUAAUCACGUUCCUGGUAAGCCGAAGGGGAUGCUGGGUGCUCUUUUCGAUGAGCAGGUGAACAACAGCAGCGACUGGCUUACAGACGAUCACAUCCGGGGGAUGAUGAUUGACAUUGUUAUUGCUGGGUAUGCUACUUCAACUGAGUUGCUCAAGGGAUUUUUCCUGUUCAUGGCUCACCAUCCUCAAGCCAUGAAAAGGAUUCAGCAAGAGAUAGACAAAGUCUUGGGACUUAAAGCACCCUCCCUUAACGAUAGAAAGAGCCUGCCUUUCAUAGAAGCGGCCAUAUUGGAAGUACUUCGAAUGGUUUCUACUAUUCCGCUAUCACUUGGACACGAGACAAGAGAUGAUGUCGUCACUAACGGCUUUUGCAUCCCCAAAGGCACGAUUCAAUUAGGGAACAUUUGGUGGAUGAACCGAGACCCGACAGCAUGGGAGGAGCCUGAUGUCUUUCGUCCUGAACGUUUCCUAGACAACGAGGGUCAGUUACUUCCCCCUACUCACCCUACGCGAUGGAGACUACUUCCCUUUGGAGUUGGGAGGCGCAGCUGUCCUGGGGAGAGUUUCGCGCGCUCGCGGGCCUUCCUCUACGUCACAACACUCUUACAGAAAUUCGACUUCCUCCCGCCUGUCAACCAUGACUUGCUUCCCCUCACACAAGAUUCGUGGACAGAGGGCGUUGUCCUGCAACUUAAGCCAUACUACGUGGCGAUACAGAGAAGGUCACAGUAGACAAAUGGAUAAAAUGCUUGUACUCAAUAAGAGACAUGAAUUGUCUGCUCCUUACCUUUGUCAGACUAUUUUUCUAUUGUUCCAAUAUUCACAAAUAACAAUGUUAAUCUGUCAUAUUUGUGUAACACUGUCAAAUAUUGCAAACGGUUUAGUUCUAAAACUCUAUACAACAGACCUAUUACUUGUCACUGACACCUUUUGGCGAUAUAUAACAAUGUUAAAGAAUGUUAAAGCUUGCUGUUUGAUUUUACUUUUAAUUUUUCUGCUCAGGCGCUCGGAGCUAUCAUCCUUGCAAAGUUAUAUUAUUACAGGUCUUUCAUAACAUGUUUGUGCUGAACUGUACUCUAAGAAUAUAUCUAUUAUUUGGGCUUUACAUUAUGAAUAUCCGUGAACUAAACUAAAGUGGAAACAUGGAAAGAUUGUGCGGGAAAAAUAUUUGUCGUCCGAAGGAGAAAAGUGUGAACAAGUCAAGAUUCAACAGUGAAUACACGUCCAUGGUCCAACAACCACGACUUCAUUAGAGUUUGUAAAGUUUGCAUGAUGAUUUUUAUAUACUGUUAUAUGUAUGUACAUAUUUUAUUAAAACGACUUGUCUCUUGUC